CAACCCCCCCACCCGAUUCUCAUCAGAGUAAUGAUGGCGGCGGGCUCCGAUCUGCUGGACGAGGUUUUCUUCAACACAGAGGUGGACGAGAAAGUAGUUAGCGAUAUUGUGGGGUCCCUGGAAUCUGAGCUUGCGGGCUCAGGUCACGGGAACCCCGAGGCAAGGGUCCAGACUGUGCGGAACCACGUUGUCAGCCCUGUAGUAGGAGGUAAUACUAAUGUCCAGGAGAGCAAAAUGGGACUUGCACAAGAGGUGGCAAAAGCAGGAGCUGGAGUGCAAGGGGGUGUUAUUAAUAAUACGAGGUCCCAGAGUUCAGCUAUGGAUGCAACAACAACAGGGAUCGCACCAGCGGCUAGCUUGGAGGCAACCCCUGGGCUCAGCCAGGGCAAAUCGGCGGCUGUCAGUGCCAUGGUAACCGCGGUGUCCAACCAUGCAGUGAGCAAAGGAAAAAUAGGGACAUCAGCUGUGCAAACUUUGAAUGGAAGCAAUGUAAUGAACUCUCACACUUCAGGAAGUGUUCCAGAUUUCACCGCAACGCAAGUAUCAAGUAGUUGCAGCGGCAGCAGCGGCAGUGUAGGCAACAACAAUGCUGCACCUGCUCUCACAGUUGUCAACAACGGACCUGGUUCGGUUGUAAAAGGAAAUGUAAACGUGUUGCCUUCGACCUCGAGCACUGUCAUACAGGCAUCUUUCGUCAACGCACAGAAUGUUACUUCUACGGUGAUAUCGUCUCAGGCUUCUGGUCUGAGCAGUGGACCUACCGUCACACUUGUGAGGCCGCCUAUGCAAACAGCUGGAUCGAAUGCUGCUCAAAAUGGGAAUAAUACCGUCAAUGUAACGAACCUACCCGCCCCUGGCACAUCGGCUAUGCCUUUACAGACAACAGUUUUGAAUAGCAACCAGGCGACAGUCUCUGUGUCUGCGAGUGUGACAAGUAAGGCAGAGUCGCCUAAAACAAUCAUACAAACUACACCUCCGGCUGUGACACCCGGUGUCGUUCCAAGUGCGGGCAACUUGACACUCGCCCAGCCUAUAGGAAGCAAUCUGCAAGCUGUGACUCCCGGUUCUGGAGCCAUCGGAAAAAGUCCAGUUUUGCAAAACGUAACAAGGACUUCCACUCCAGCGACAGUUGCAACCAGUCCUGGCGGGAUUCGAGCCAUCGCGCCACAGGUGUUAGCUCCUCGACUCCCACAGACGCCCCAGAAUCAGCCAAACAUCCAAAACAUUCAGCUUCCUCCAGGUAUGGUUCUGGUGCGCAGCGACAGCGGGCAGCUGCUGAUGAUCCACCAGCAGACCCUGGCCCAGAUGCAGGCGCAGUCCCAGUCCCAGAGCGCCAUGGCGCCGCGCCCUGCCACGCCCACCAGCACUCCUCCGGUCCAGAUUACCUCUGUGCAGGCUCCUGGGACCCCCAUCAUGGCCAGGCAGGUUACGCCCACCACCAUCAUCAAGCAAGCCACGCCCACCCAGAACUCAGUGCAGGCCACCACCACGCUCCAGAGACCCCCUGUCCUGCAGAAUCCCAUCAUGCUCGGAGGGGCAGCCACGCCCGCCUCCAUCGGAACUCCGACGCCAGUGCAGCCCGGCGCGGCACAGAGGGCGGUGACCGGGAGCACUGGGACGGCCACGCCCACGACAACGGAAACCUUGGAGAAUGUGAAGAAAUGUAAGAACUUCCUGUCCACACUGAUCAAGCUGGCGUCCAGCGGGAAGCAGUCGUCGGAGACCGCGGCCAACGUGAAAGAGCUGGUCAAGAGCCUCCUGGAAGGAAAGAUGGAGGCAGAGGACUUCACCAGCAGGCUGUACCGGGAGCUCAACUCCUCACCCCAGCCCUACUUAGUGCCUUUCCUCAAGGUAACAGCCAAACUUUUACACAGCCCGCCCAGCCCCGCCAGCAGCCCGCCCACGCCGCGCAAGUGGCCUACCCAGCCCUCACAGCCCGUCCACCGCGCCCACCAGCCCACCCCACUGGUGCUGCACCAGUCCCAGCAGCCGGGGGCGAUGGUGCGCCCCCCCCAGGUGACCCUGGCACAGACGCCCAUGGUGACCCUCAGGCAGCCCCAGAGCCGGAUUAUGCUGGGACAGGCCCAGAUGCAGGUGAAGCAGCUGCAGACAGUGCCUCUGGUGAAGCAGGGGCUGUUGCCUGGAGCCAAAGCGUCACCCGUCGGCACGUCUCUGAUCACGGCAGCACAGAGGAACAAGCUGAAGGAAGCUGGAGGCGGGUCUUUCAGGGACGACGAUGACAUCAACGAUGUGGCCUCCAUGGCUGGCGUCAACCUAUCGGAGGAGAGCGCUCGCAUCCUCGCAACCAACUCGGAGCUGGUUGGCACGGUGACGCGGUCGUGCAAGGAUGAGGCCUUCCUCUACACCUCCAUCCUGCACAGGAGGAUAUUGGACAUAGGUAAAAAGUAUGGAAUCACGGAGCUGGGGCCGGAGGUGGUGAACCUGGUGUCGCACGCAGCCCAGCAAAGGCUGCAGAGCCUGCUGGAAAAGGUGUCUCAGAUCGCCCAGCAAAAGAACGUCUCCUUCAAGGAGGACGGCCGGUACGAGCAGGUGACUGACGUGCGCGCUCAGCUCAAGUUCUUCGAGCAGCUGGACCAGAUGGAGAAGCAGAGGAAGGAGGAGCAGGAGAGGGAGAUUCUCAUGAAGGCAGCCAAGUCCCGAUCACGGCAAGAGGACCCAGAGCAGCUGCGGUUGAAACAGAAGGCCAAAGAGAUGCAGCAGCAGGAGCUGGCUCAGAUGAGGCAGCGGGACGCUAACCUGACAGCGCUAGCAGCCAUCGGGCCCAGGAAGAAACGCAAAAUGGACUCACCUGGCAGCGGUGCUGGAGCUGAGGUGUCUGGCUCCAGCCUGUCUGCGGCCGGGAGCUCCAGCUCCGGGGGGUCCAGGCAGUUCGCCCGUCAGCGCAUCACUCGCGUCAACCUCAGGGACCUGCUCUUCUGCAUGGAGAACGAGCGGGAGACCAGCCGCUCGCACCUGCUGUACCGCGCCUUCCUCAAAUAGCGCCCCCUGGCGGCGGGGGGCCUCCUGGCUAGACUGCAGGACUUUCAGCAUUCACCCGGACAUUCGAUUUUAAUGUUGUUUUCACCUUUUAAAUUUACUCUUUUAAUGAACAUAUAAAUAUUAUAAAUAUAUAUAUAGUUAUAAAUUUUACAGAGCGCCUUUUUGUAACAUGCAAAUGAACAAAUGUACAAAAAUAUAGUAAUACCUUCAAACCAUUUUAUAUUUCUGUUUAUAUAAAAGACUCCCCGUUUACAUAAAUAAAAUUAACAAAAAUGUUUCUAUAAGACAGUUAUUAUUAUUUUAUUACUGUCGUGGGCCUGUGGAUUCCUUUGAUUGAAGACUUCUUUGCUCCUCUUUACUAAGUUGCCUUCUUGCCAGAUGAAGCCAUAUCUUUGUAUCUGAUCUCUACAGGCAGAAUAAUUCAUUUGAUCCGGCUGUUUUACCGUUUCAAGCUGACACACAAACACGCGGCUCUAUUGUCCUACCUGUUCUUCGCCUGUUUGUUUUUUGUUUGUUGGUUUUUCUGCUUGGUUUCUUUUAAAUGGCCGUCUGCUGUGUAUGUAAUUGUUUUAAUCAGUUUGGGUUUUUAUUUAUAAGUCUGCGCGCUCUCUGUGUUUGGCCCGGCGAGGUGACUCCUCCGGGGGGGCCUUGGCAGCCAGUUGGUAUGUCCGCAGAGCUGAGAAUCAGCCCUUAAUAGAGAAUAGCUACUUUUGACAAAAGCAUUUGAUUCAUUUCUCAGAUAUGAUGAAAAUGCCCUUCUCUCAACACUUUUCAUUUUUCCCUCUGUGUGUAUAUACUUUAAUUAUUUUUUCUACGAAAAAAUUGAAAAUAUUUUGACUCCUAAUAGAUUGAAAGCUUUCUAGUUUCCACGAAUCAACAGCAUUUCUCAACUAGAGAAAUCAGUAUUUGUUUCUGGGCAGUAGAUGCCAAUAGCUGGGUAUUACAUUGGCAUGCAGGGGUGGAGAAAAAUGUGAUUAUACGAAGCUGAGAAAGAACUGCAUUCAGUUACGGACCUGCUUUCAAUCAAUCAGUCAUACAGAGGGACACCCCCCACUUUGGAACUGGGCUUAUAUUAUUAUUAACGAUACUAAUCAGUUCUUCAUAUUUUUUUGCAAGCAUUGCAUUGAAAUUGUCUACCAAUGGAAUUUUAUUACUGUAUAUAAUUUAGUUUGUCCUUUGUAAUUUGUAUAAAGCUAUGCUAGUUCUUCAUCGAACCGCCAUUUUGAAAGACGCAGUGUAAAGAGCCGCUUGUUCUUCCUGUAAAUCUAUUUUUUAGUAACCCCAAUCACCGUUACUCAGCAUCCUCUUUCCUCUUUUUCACCGAGAAGAAAAAUGAGACUAAUUCCUGGAGCAUAAAUUGUUUCCCUCUCUUGUACAUUUUGCACAGUCACUUGUUUAUAUGUAAAUAUUUUACCUAAAAAAAAAUUUAAUUGCUAUUGUUUUAUAUAGGAUUGAAAUGAGAAUUAACUCCAUCAUUAAAAUGAAAAAUCUAUUUGUA